AUGCUCUUUUCCGCGCGGCUCGUGCCGCGAGCGUUGGCACGUCCUAGCGGCCCUAGCGGCAGCUUGCGCAGCUUUGCCGUCCUCUCCCAUGUGUGGACAGGUGGUCAGCGGCCCGAUGCCAGUGGACCACAAAAGGUUUGUGCCAGGAGCCCGGCAGCCCAACAUCUUUAUCAGAAUCUCUCCAGUCUUUGGAUUCCAAUAGGAUUGUUCCAUGACCAUAUCCAUAAUUCUACGACCACAUACACACGCUCAUCCAUACUCAUCCACGCAUGCAUGUCCACCCGUCCUUGCAGACGUGCAGGCAUGAUGCCCACAUGCACACACAUUCCUGCCCUCGUAGGCGCGCCCCCACACAGUCUCAAUUUUACAUUCACCCUUCACUGCCCGGAAGCCGCAGAAGUGUCGAUUAAACCGAAUCUUGUCAAAAGCACCCACUCUGUCCAGAACGCUCAAAAUGUGCAGUCUGUGCAAGGUGUGUUUAAUGUAGAGACGGACUGGUGUAACUUUGUUGCAUUUCAACUCUUUGUUCUGCAUCCUGGUCAGGGAUUUGGGAUUUGGGCUACAUCGGUGCUGAAACUGAUGCAGUGUAUCGGUGCAUGUCGAUGCUCUGCCACUAUUUUAACUCAGGCUGAUGCGUUUGUACACGUGUUAGCACAUGCCGCGAUACCACGAUGCAUGCUCGUGGGCUGUGCACCUGCCGAGAGGUAG